GUGGCGCUGAUGACAGUUUUGGGUGCCCUUGUUCGGUAACUGUGCUGGAUAGGGCUCAGCUCGCCGGUCACCCAGAAUGUUGCGGGCCGCCUGCGUUGUGUGCAGAGGAGUGAUAAAUCCGCAUUCUGUAAAAGGAAAUAAAUUACCACGACCGAGCCUGUAUGCUGGCAGACACCCUUAUUCCUCUCCAACUUUGACCAUUCAGCGGACUCUACCCAGACCACCAGUUCGAUGUUACUCUGCACUGUCUCGUCUCCCAUUAAGGGGAAGCAAACUUCUCACACUAAAUAUUGCAUAUCAGACUCAACGUAACUUCUGGGUUGCUAGGCUGGCAUCCAGGUUGUUAAAACUGCGCUAUCUGGUAUUGGGAUCAGCUGUUGGUGGCGGAUACACAGCUAAGAAGACAUAUGACCAGUGGAAGGAAAUGUUCCCUGACCUUAGUGAAUACAAGUGGAUUAUUCCUGAUUUUAUAUGGGACUUAGAUGAACACAUUGAUUUUGAUAAGCUCAGUAAAGCACUUCCGGAUUCUGAGGAGCUAGCCAAACUUUUGCCAGACUUUGACAAGAUAGGGGAAAGUUUUAGCUUUUUAAAAAGUUGGCUCUCAUCAGGUCACAAUUUGGUUAGUGAAGUCAUAGGAGCUUCUGAUCUACUACUCUUGUUAGCACCUGGAGGUGACACUGCUUUCAAGGCUACUGACAGCCAGAAUUUUGAUGGCUCUGAAAAGCAAUAUAAGAAGGGUUUGCUUGGUGAACUCAUUCUAUUACAAGAGCAGCUCAAGCAGCAUGAAGAGGAGGCACGCAGGGCUGCUGGAAACAUUAACACGGGCACUUCACAGCAGAAGCGCAAGGUAUCUGACAAAGAGAAAGUUGAUCAGCUGCAGGAUGAGCUUUUACAGACCCAGUUGAAAUACCAGCGUAUUCUUGAACGAUUAGAGAAAGAAAACAAAGAUUUGAGGAAGGUGGUGCUACAAAGAGAUGACAAAGGAAUUCAUCAGAGAAAAGUCAAGAAAUCCUUGAUAGAUAUGUAUUCUGAAGUAUUGGAUAUCCUGUCUGAUUAUGAUGCCAACUAUAACACCCAGGACCAUCUACCAAGGGUCAUUGUAGUUGGAGACCAGAGUUCAGGAAAAACCAGUGUCCUGGAAAUGAUCGCACAAGCGCGUAUCUUUCCUAGAGGCUCAGGAGAGAUGAUGACACGCUCCCCAGUUAAGGUUGCUUUAAGUGAGGGUCCUCACCAUGUCGCUAUGUUUAAGGACAGCUCUCGGGAGUUUGAUCUCUCAAAAGAAUCAGAUCUUGCAGCUUUGAGGGAUGAAAUAGAAGUACGAAUGAGGAAGAGUGUUAAGAAUGGGCAGACUGUAAGCCCUGAGACUAUCUCUCUAAGUGUAAAAGGUCCUGGAAUCCAGAGAAUGGUGCUUGUGGAUCUUCCUGGAGUUAUCAGUACUGUUACUUCUGGAAUGGCUCCGGAUACCAAAGAAACUAUCUUCAGCAUCAGUAAAGCAUAUAUGCAGAACCCUAAUGCUAUUAUCCUCUGUAUACAAGAUGGGUCUGUUGAUGCAGAAAGAAGCAUUGUCACUGACCUUGUAAGCCAAAUGGAUCCCCAAGGCAGACGCACCAUUUUUGUCUUGACAAAAGUAGACCUUGCUGAGAAGAAUGUAGCCAGCCCUAAUCGAAUUCAGCAAAUCAUUGAAGGGAAACUAUUCCCAAUGAAAGCACUUGGCUAUUUUGCUGUUGUAACUGGAAAAGGCAACAGCAAUGAAAGUAUUGACUCCAUUAAGGACUAUGAAGAAGAAUUCUUUCAAGGAUCGAGUCUUUUGAAAAAAGGGAUGCUGAAAGCUCAUCAGGUGACCACCAAGAACUUAAGUCUCGCUGUUUCCGAUUGUUUUUGGAAAAUGGUCCGAGCAUCUGUAGAACAACAGGCUGACGCCUUCAAAGCUACUCGUUUUAACCUGGAAACAGAAUGGAAGAAUAAUUAUCCCAGGCUGCGUGAGCUUGACAGGAAUGAGUUGUUUGAAAAAGCCAAAAAUGAAAUUCUUGAUGAGGUUAUAAGUCUAACCCAGGUUACACCAAAGCAUUGGGAAGAGAUCCUCCAGAGAAUGCUGUGGGAGAGAGUGUCAACCCAUGUGAUUGAGAAUAUCUACCUACCAGCUGCACAGACCAUGAACGCUGGUACUUUCAACACCACUGUAGACAUCAAGCUGAAACAAUGGACUGACAAGCAACUUCCUCAUAAAGCAGUGGAGGUGGCUUGGGAAACCCUUCAGCUAGAAUUCUCCCGCUUUAUGAUCGAGCAGAAAGGCAAGGAACAUGAUGACAUAUUUGACAAGUUAAAGGAAUCUGUGAAAGAGGAGAGCAUCAAGAGACAUAAGUGGAAUGAACAAGCAGAGGACAGUCUGCGAGUAAUUCAGCACAAUGCUUUAGAGGACCGUUCUAUCUCAGACAAGCAACAGUGGGAUGCUGCAAUCCAAUUCAUGGAGGAGACCUUACAUAACCGCUUAAAAGACACUGAAUCUGUCAUUCGAGGUAUGGUAGGGCCCGAUUGGAAAGAGCGGUGGUUUUCUUGGAUGUCUCGUACUCCGGAGCAGAACACACGAAAUGAAACCAAAAGUGAGUUGGAAAAGAUGCUGUAUGUUAAUGAAGAUCAUCCUGCAUAUCUUGCCAGUGACGAAGUCACCACAGUCAGGAAGAAUCUAGAAACACGGGGGAUCGAAGUUGACCCAGUUUUGAUCAAGGACACGUGGCACCAAGUUUACAGAAAACAUUUCUUAAGAUCUGCUCUCGGUCACUGUAAUUUGUGCAGGAGAGGAUUCUAUUACUAUCAGAGGCAUUUUGUGGAUUCUGAGCUGGAAUGCAAUGAUGUGGUUCUUUUUUGGAGAAUACAACGGAUGUUGGCAAUCACUGCAAACACCCUGAGGCAGCAGCUAACAAACACAGAAGUCAGGCGAUUAGAGAAGAAUGUGAAAGAGGUAUUGGAAGAUUUUGCUGAAGACGGUGAUAAAAAGGUUAACUUGCUAACGGGAAAGAGGGUCCAACUAGCAGAAGAUCUAAAAAAAGUACGGGAAAUCCAGGAAAAACUUGAAGCCUUUAUUGAAGCCCUUCAUCAAGAGAAGUAGCCUAAGCAAUUCAUUAAGAUGGGAGAAAGCAAACGGGUAUAUGAAUUCUACAGCCAGUGAAGACAUGAAUCUAUCGCCUAUGUAAGGAAGGAAGAAGAGUCUUGAUAUGGGGCUCUGAUUCCCUGAUGGCUACACGAGGAACUGAUGAGACUUUGUAACACUCUCCAGUAAAGGGAUGUCUACCUGUUGCUGCUGUCCUGUGUUUGUGCUGUACAUUGAUCACAGUCGUCAGCUUCUUUUUACUUGAUCCGAUAAUUUGGGGCAUGAUAUGUCAUUUUAGCAUCUGUAUAUAAAUCCUUCGCACUAUUUCCAUUUAUUUUCCUUGACAUGGAAGUAUUGCAGACUGCAUGUGUAAUCUUUGUAUGUGUUCUCGUAGGUGGCUUAAGAUAUAUGAAAUGAAAUAGCAGCCUAAACCCGUUCAGCACAAUGUGGUCAUUGGCCUUUUGUACCAGAAAGCCUUGUGCUAAGUGUGUGAUGGUAAUAUAUAAUGAAAUUGUUUGAGCACAGAACUAACCUUCUCUACACUGAUUUAUAUCUAAAAAAACUAAGUUCAUCGGGGGAGAAGUUUGAAGUGAUUACAACAAAGUGGUGUCCUCAUUUUUGUAGAAAGCACUUAUUAGCGAACAGCUUAGCGAUUGAGAAUUCUUGAAUUGUGCACUAAAUUGUAAUGU